AUGACUGAGAGUGUGGCUCCGGCUUAUUUAAUGGAGAUGCAGGCAAGAUGUCUUUUUGAUUCGGUUGAGUUCGUCUUUAAGUCCGGAUUGGUUAGCGCGAAUGUCUCAUCGAAUGUGGUUGAGUCUGUGAUGAUGCAGCGAGCGAAGAAUCUGUUCUGUAUGCGCGAGUACUACCAUGCCUAUACCGUAUUGGGCUGUCCUAACUAUGGCAGUGAAGGUUUAUGCUAUCUUUUCUGUACCUGCUGUUCUGGAGAGGUGGUUUUUCUACGAAACUAUUCCUUGUACAUACUAGCCACUAUCAAGCAAGAGAUGGACGUAGAUCUGUAUUUACAGCGCACCUUGGUCAAGGAUAGUGAGCUUGAGAAUGGCAUUGGUAAAUCACGACGUCUGCAGGGUAAAGAUCGUUCUUUUUUUGAUGAGGAUGUUUUUGAUGAUCCUUAUCUGGUUUUUAUGUUGUUAAUAUCUAAGAAGGUCUUUCUAUCUGAAAAGAUACAGCAGAAGAUGUUAUUGCAUCUGAUUGAUGCUUUGCCUUAUUUUUGGGAGCCAUACAAGUUACUGGCCAAUCUUUGUAAUGUAGCUAAUGUAGCUGAUUUAGUGAAACGUGUGCCUUGCAAGUUGAUGUCUCAGCUCUUUAUGCUCUACACUGGCAGCCAGAAGAGUGUUUUAUCUCCAAAACUACAAGAGUUUAUUGAUACUGCUGAUAAAACUUCACCUGGGCUAUCAACAAGUUUUGCCCGAUCAAUGAUAGCCACUGUUCAUGGUCAUUAUAAACAGUACACCAAAGCCCUACGCAUUUUUGAAGAGAUAAUUAGUCUGGGUAAUUGUCGUGAUGGCCUUGACCAGUACACCAAUAUUCUCUACUCUUUAAAAGACGUGAAUACGCUAUCUUCCUUUUUAUUGAUUGUUUAUGAUAGAUAUUACAACUUGCCACUCUAUCAUUUUGUAUCUGGUAAUCUACUUUCCCUCAAAUCAAAUCACGUAGGGAGUAUUGAGCAGUUUCAGAAAAUUCUCCAUGAAGUCCAUCCUGGUGAGUUUGAUAUUGCCUAUGUCUUUGUGGCCCAGGAGUAUUUCCAUAUGAAAGAUACAUGUUCCUCUAUUAAGGCCUGUAACAUUGCCAUUAAGAAGAAUUACAACGACUAUCGUGUCUGGUCAAACAUGGCUCAGAUUUACUUUGCUGUAGAGAUGUUUGAGUACGCCCUCCAUUUCUUCCGCAAGUGCGCCGAGUUAUCCCCCACCAAUCCUUCGGUUUAUGAAGGCUUAGGCCAGUGCUUUGAAAGACUAGAAAGAACAACUGAAGCCAUUCGCUGCUACAAGAAGGGCAUUGAAAACCACAGCAGCAAAUGCAUUGCCCUUUUAGGCGAUAUGCUUUUUAAGGCCAAGAAUCCCGAUUACCAAGUAUACUAUGCCCAGUAUUUAGACUUGUGUCUAGCCACUCCCAAAUCCAAGCUAGAAUACGACUUUCUUUGUUUAGAAACAGCCGAGCGCUUUAUUGAUGCUCUUGAGCCUACUGCGGGCUCCGUCAGAAUUGCUCAGUGGAAGAAGUGCUACAACUUAUUUACACCCGACAGUAAUGAAUAG